CACCGGCUCGACCCAGCGCCGGUCGCGGUCGCCCUUUGCCUUUUCAUCACCUCUUCCUUCGCCGACCUACUACCCAGUUUCCCCCUUCCCCUCCCUCACGAUCCCCGCGCCGCGACAGGCCUCCCCCAUCAGGUUACAGCGCGGCUACGCCUCAGCCAACGGAUCCCGCAUCGUCAAGUCCCCAGCCGCACUCCAGGCCGCGCCGUCCGGGCUGCCGCGAGCUUCCGCCGACGCCCCACGCCGUCGACGAGCCUCUCCCAGUCGUCCCACGCCGCUACGAGCUUUCCCCGCCAUAGCGCUCCUGUGCUGUUGUCGCCGCAGCGACGAGCUUCCGCCGACGCCCAGCACCUGUCUUGCCCGAGCUCCCGCGGUCCCGCCGACGCCACGCCUCCUGCCGCGUACAAGUUCGCGUUCCUACAUCUUUGGAAAUGCAUCCUCAUCUAACCCUACACAGGCACCCUAUGUGUGCUGAGAUUAUCGAAGAAUUCCAGAAGUGCCAUGUGGAUCACCCCAUCAAAAAAUUCUUUGGUGAAUGCACAGAUCUUAAGAUUAAGCUUGAUCGGUGCUUCCGGCAGGAGAAAGCUGUGAAGAGAAAGGCAAACUUUGAAGAGAGCAUGAAAUUUAAAGAAAGGUUGCAGGCUUAUAAAAAGGAAAUGGCUGAGAAAGAAAAUGAAUCGUAGCUUCGAACUGAGGACAAGGACAUUCACUGAAUGCUAUUUUGCUGCAAUCCUGUGGCUUCAACUUUGUGAAACGAAGUUCCGGACUUGUCUUUACUUCAUGUUUACAUCACAUAUCUACCGUUAUAAGAUUACAGCUGAGGUCAUAUAAUCUAUUUAGAAGUUCAAAUUUCCCUCUCUGGCUGUUGCUAUUCAUGGUUAGUCUAUUCCCAUCAUAUAUAGACAAUAAAUCUUGCUCUAAGUUGGUGUUGUACUGUAAAAACUUCUAUAUGAAAACUUUUUCUUUUCUUUUCGAAACUUCUGUAUGAAAUCUUCACAACUAUGAAAUGAGCGACAAGUAAAUCCAGUAUGUUUUCUGGUACUUUGCUUCUGGAA